AUGGCUGCCUCUUUUAUUCGAAUUGAAUGUUUUGAAUGGAGUAUUGAUUUCUACUCGAAUCCUCCAUUUCUCCCAAUUUUGGUCAUAUAUGUACAUCGUUUAUAUAUUGAGAAUAAGAUCGAAGCUUUAACGAAGUUAUUUGUGAACGAGCUGGAAAAGCUGUACAAACGUUUUCUUCAAUUAUUUUCACAAAACGAUCAACACGAGUUGGAGAAGUUUCAAUUACAGCAAAUCAAUUCUAUUGACAGUAUUCCAUCAGAACACGAUGACACCAUUCAACGUUUCCAACAGAUAGCGCAUGAGCUCUCAUCCCCAAUGAUCUCUACUAUAGAGUGUUCAAAUACUUCAACGCCGCCAGUUCGCCGGCAUCAUCAACGAAUUCUCCAACAAAGUGAACUCGAACCGUUAUCGCGAACGCCGAUCACGCCAGCACAUACAAAUGUACCCAAUGGGAAAAUAUUACAUUCGACGAUGAACGGAUCAUACACAGGACCUAUGACGCGAACUCGUACGAAAACCGGUGGUUCGUCUUCAAUAGCAACAUCGCCGACGAAGAGCAAGAUUUCUUACUGA